AUCCAUACCUCUCUGAGUCAUGAGAAGACAAUAAGGAAGACCAAAUUCCUUCUAUUUCACAAACCUUAUCUCUCUUUCUCUCAAGAAAGCAACUCCACAUUUCUAUAAAUACAGGGGACCUGGCCCUGGCCCUUCAAGUACAAACCAUUUUCAUUGUCCUCUUCCAUACCUCCCAUCAUUCUCUAGCAACUUUUGCACAUCUUUCAGACACUUUCUUUUUGUUUAAAAGUGAAAGAUAUGUCUCUCCACAGCAAUUUUCUCACACUUUUCAUAGUCUUAGCCUCUUUCUCAUCAUGUUUUGGGCGUUACCAAGAGGACCCACUUGGAUAUCCUAAAGCCUAUACUACUACAUCCAAACGCGCCGUUCAAGACAGAAAGUUUAAGACAGAAAAUUUUGGUCGGACAACCAGGCUUGCCCGAGCAAGCACCCCUUCAACUUCACCGAAGCUGGUUAGUGUAGAUGACUUUGGAGCUAAAGGUGAUGGAGGAGAUGAUACUGAGGCAUUUGGGAAAGCUUGGAUGGAGGCCUGUUCUUCUAAAGAUAGUGUUCUUGUGGUACCUGAAAAUAGGAACUAUUAUCUUAAGCCAAUUACAUUCUCAGGUCCUUGCGAAUCUAAUUUCAUAAUGAAGGUCUAUGGAACAAUCAAAGCUUCUCCUGAUAGAUCAGAUUAUCAAACGGAUACACGACAUUGGAUUGUGUUCGAAAAUAUUCAAAAUUUUAGAGUUGAAGGUGGGGGCAUCAUCAAUGGCAAUGGGAGGGAAUGGUGGAUAAACUCAUGCAAAGUCGACAAAACUCGUCCUUGCACGCAUGCACCAACGGCCGUGACUUUCCGCAGCUGCAAUGAUUUGAUAGUAGAUAACCUAUGGAUCCAAAACGCACAGCAAAUGCAUCUCACGUUUGAUGAAUGUGUAAACGUCGUAGCUUCGAAUCUCAUGGUAACUGCACCAGGAAAUAGCCCCAACACUGAUGGAAUUCAUGUUACAGAAACACAGGACAUUCAGAUACAGAACUGUGAUAUAAGGACAGGUGAUGAUUGCAUUUCAAUAGUAAGUGGAUCAGAAAAUGUUCGAGCCACGGAUAUUACAUGUGGACCAGGUCAUGGAAUCAGCAUCGGAAGCUUAGGUGCUGACGGUUCAAGUGAUUAUGUUUCAAAUGUGAUUGUCAAUAGAGCGACACUUUCAGGAACCACUAAUGGACUGAGAAUAAAGACUUGGCAGGGAGGCUCGGGGUAUGCAAAAAAUAUCAUGUUUCAAAAUGUUGUAAUGCACAAUGUUAGCAAUCCUAUAAUCAUAGAUCAAUACUACUGUGAUCGAAAAGAUUCGUCAUGUUCAGAGCAGGCCUCAGCCGUGAAAGUAAGCAAUGUUGUUUACAAAAACAUCAAAGGUACCAGUGCAUCGGAGGAAGCCAUAAAUUUCAGUUGCAGCCAAAGUGUUCCUUGUGAAGAGAUUGUAUUGCAAGAUGUUAAUCUAGGCCUCCAAGGAGAUGGAAGUAUCGAAGCCACUUGUGAGAGUGUUGAAUUGACAAAGAGGGGGAAUGUCUAUCCACGGUGCUAAGUAUAAUUAAGAAGAAAAGCCAACAUUUGUGUUCUUACAAUGAUGAUGCUGUAAAUAUGAUGAGCGUUAUAGUGCAUGCUAGAUUUAGUCAAAUUUCAUGUUUUUUAGGGACAGGUUACUUGAAUAAUAAUGGGUUUGCUUUUACCAUAGUUUA